GUCAUUCAUCUAAAUCUUGAUCUCAAUUCAGCCGUUCACUAACAUAUCUUAAACCUAUUAAAUGUCCUUGUUCUGAAAGCAGUUAAACGUUAAAGGCUUUUAAUGGUCAUUUUUUAGGAAAGUUCAGGGCUUUGUUUGGUUUUAUCAAGGGGCCUCGUCAUUUAACCGUAGACUUGGAGCUGACACCCUACCCUAAUAUCAAAUCUGUGUAUACAUAUCUUCUGUGAGUGUGAGCAACUCACCUCCCAACCGGCUAUUCAUGUGCUGAGUCCAACGGGUCCAACUUGUCCUAGAAGACUAUCAUGUCUGAACGCUGAGUAUUAGUGCUUAUCUUGUACGUGAGCCAACAAUGAGAAGUUCAAAAAGAAACACAUGAAUGUGACUAAAGAUACCAUAUACUACACUACAAGUACAAGUUACUCUUUCUACUAUUAUUUUCCCGUAUAAUGCUAAAUUCUUGCAAUGACUUAUAGGACAAUGAAUUGUAGGACAACCAUAUUUUUAUUUUACUUGUAUAUCCAAUUGGGUAAAUGCAAACGUUUUCAGGAGAAAUAUAAAUGUAGAAUUAAAAAAGUACAAAAAAAUCCUUUUGUGAGGGAGAAAAUAAGGCAGUCAAAGCUUUCAAAACUUUUUUAAAUCACAGAGGUAUUGUUUAAGCCUCGUCUUUUCUAGAGGACUCUGCAAAUCAGUGUCUGUGUUGAGACAUCCGCCUCUCUCUGCGUUCCUGUUCUAAAUCUCUUAAUACACAGACUGUGCAGAAGCGGGCUUAACAUGGGGCAUGAAUACGAGUCUGUCUGAGUCAAACAAACACAGUACCUGCUCCAAGAAAGCCAACCCCAUGUUUCCUAACAUUUGUUCAACCAGGAGCAAGGUGGAGUGAAGGAGUGGCAAAGAGAAACGGACUCUCCCUUAAAAGCAGAGCUGUGCUCUGUGGGGUGUUGGAUUAUAACUAACUGCAGGUCAGGUUUUAACAAGACAUGGUUCUCUGGAUCAUCUUCCCCAUCUCUCUCUCCUUGGUUUCCUUCGUUGGAACGUGGACUGUAUAUGGCCUGGCCUUCGCUAACAACCAUGUUUGCUCACUCAGUGACUGGGACCCUCCCAACUUGUGCAGAUGGAAUCAAUCCAAUGGAUGCUGCGUCGCAGCCACCAUAAGCGCAAGUGGAACCAAUGCACCAGAAAGUUCCCUUUUCACAGCCACCAUCAACGCCGGGGCCUUUCUGUUUCUGCUCUUCUCUAUAUUCCACCACGCUCACAUUAUGGAGAGACAUGCCUGUCAUUCUGUGCUGAGCAAGUUUGCCUUGGUCUUUGGUCUGGUGGCAGCUGCGGGCGCUUUCACAGCUGGAAACUGCAACCCUGGUUACCUGCCACUUCUUCACUACCUCGGAGCGGCUCUCAGUUUCACGUGCAUCUGCUUCUACACUGUCCUGCUCACUGAUCUGACCAGGAAGUGUUCGCUGACGGGUUACGAGAAGGUCCUCUACCCAUUACGCGUCGUGUCCGCUGUGAUCCAAAUUGGAGUCACCAUCUGCUAUACCAUUUUGUUUGCCCAGGACCAGAACUUUUACGUUCACCUGUCGGCUGUGUUUGAGUGGAUGCUCAGCAUCAACCUGGAGCUGUUUGAGCUCACCUAUGCCAUGGAGUUUUGCUUCUUCUCCUCCUUCAUGCUGUCAAAUCUGUUAAGCAGACGUGAGGAAGAGAAGCCUCUCAUGAUGCCCAUGUCAUGAUGUGACGCCGCCCGGCCUCAGCUGAAGCACACGCGUGCUGCAAAGACAGUGGCUGGACCGUGGCUGGAGGACAAAUAACUGCUUUCAUCACUUGGAUGAUUUCCUAAAACCUUAGUUAUU